AUGGGUGUUUGGGACCACGUACUGGCAGCGGCCCUGCUAACUUUCUGCGCAGCCCUGCCGUUCUCCGCCGCGGAUCCGAACGACGAGAGGUGUCUGACUCAUCUGAGCGAUUCGUUACAAGACCCAUUGAAGAAUUUGCAGAACUGGACUAAGGUCACCUUCUCUAACCCUUGCCAGGGAUUCACCUCCUACCUGCAGGGUGCUACCUGCAACAAUGGCCGCAUCUACAAGUUAUCACUCUCCAAUAUGGACCUCAAGGGCACAAUCUCGCCUUAUCUGUCGAAUUGCACAAAUUUGCAGGCUCUGGACCUCUCGUCCAACGCAUUAACCGGUCCUAUCCCGCCGGAGCUUCAGUAUUUGGUCAAUUUGGCGGUUCUAAAUUUCUCAUCAAACCAUCUAUCUGGCCCAAUCCCCCAGCAAUUGGCGCUCUGUGCGUAUCUCAACGUAAUCGAUUUACACGAUAACCAGCUGUCAGGCGCCAUUCCCCAGCAGCUCGGCCUACUUGUGAGACUUUCAGUUUUCGACGUUUCGAAUAAUAAACUUUCCGGUCCUAUUCCGACGACACUGGGGAACCGGAGUGGGAACUUGCCACGGUUCAAUGCAAGUUCCUAUGAAGGGAAUAAGGAUCUUUAUGGAUACCCAUUGCCGCCGAUGAAGAGUAAAGGGCUAUCGAUUUUGGCCAUUGUGGGGAUCGGAUUGGGUAGUGGGUUCUUGAGCUUGGUCCUCAGUUUCACUGCUGUUUGUAUAUGGUUGAGAGUUACUGAGCAGAAAGUGGAGAAUGAAGAAGGGAAAAUCAGUCAACUGAUGCCUGAUUAUUGA